AUGUCCUUCUUGAAAGAUUUCAUAGACGCCCUGACGCCAAUCACCGCCUACGCUGAAGAACCAGCCGAGGAGCCGGUCGAAGAAUCCGCCGCUGAGGAUGCCGGUGAUGCGGAAGAAGAGGAAGAAGAAGACGAGGAUGACGACGACGAAGACGACGAAGACGAGGAGGAAGAAGCCGGCGACCAAUUGGACGCCCUUAGAAAGGAGUGUUCCGAGACCAAAGAUUGCGCACAUUACGUCCACCACUACCACGAGUGUGUUGAGAGAGUGACCAAGGAGAUGGAAGAGGAAGGAUACGCCGACAAGGAAUACAAGGAGGAUUGCGUGGAGGAAUUCUUCCAUUUACAGCAUUGCAUCAACGACUGUGCUGCUCCAAAGUUGUUCUACAAGUUGAACAGCAGCAAUUCUAGCUCUCUUGGCCAACUUGGCAGUAGUCUUGGAUCCCAUGAUACCUCCACCCCAGUGUCUUCUCUGGUCCUCGUAUUUCUCGGUGAAGUUAGCGUUGAUGGUGGAGACAAGCUUGGCCAAAGUAGCCUCGUCCUCUGGUCUGACGUCGACCAAAGCAGCAACAGCACUGGUCUUUUGGUGGACCAAGGUUCCGAGUCUAGCCUUACCCUUGACAAUGGCGUAUGGAACACCCAUCUUUCUGCACAAAGCUGGGAGGAAAACAACAAGCUCGAUUGGGUCAACAUCGUGAGCGAUCAAAACCAACUUGGCCUUCUUGUUCUCGAUCAAAGAGACAACGUGGUUCAAUCCGUAUUUGACAACAAAUGGCUUGGACGAGACGUCCUCCUUCUUCUUACCGUCAGCAAUAGCAGCGGCCUCCUUGGUGAGUCUCUCCUUCUUCUCAGCAGCAGUCUCUGGUCUGUAGUUGUUCAAGAGCUUGAACACCUCAGCAGCAGUGUUUCUGUCCAAAGUGUUGGAGAACUGGGAGAUGGCUGGAGGAACCUUCAAUCUCAUGGACAACACCUUCUUCUGUCUUUGCAAUCUGAUGUAUUCUGGCCAUUUCACAAAUCUGUUGACGGCUCUCUUUGGUUGGAUAGCUUGACCAAUACCGAAGUUUCUUGGAGUGGAUUCAAUCAAAGGGUUCUUAGAACCGGUGCUCUUGCUAGCCUUGAGACCGGAUACCGUAUGGUGUCCAUAGCUGCUCCGGAUCAUGCAACUGGGCCAGCACAUGCUCGAGAUGGUCUGACGAAGCCGGUAUCAGAUGGUGAACAAAUGGCAUGA